CACAAUAUGGAAUGGGAUGGAAAACGAUGACAUUUUAGACAGAUGCUGUAUGACACUUCAAGUAGUAAACAUACUAUAUACUGUAAGUAAAUGUAUCCAUUUUAAAAAGUUAAUAAUUGUCUAAUGAUAGUCAGGUCUUUGUUGACCAAAGUGCUUUACAGAUUUAAAAUAUAAUUACAUAAUUAAAACAAGAUUAAAUGGAUAACUGUAACAGACAAAAUGAAAACAAUUUUAUAUAAUAAUGCUUAUUUCUAACUUUCCACUGAGAUAAAAUCUGCCAGCAAUCUUAUCGUAAGUCUCACUGGCAAAAUUCUAAUAGUCAAACUCCAACUCUGUCACAGUUCUUAAUGCGAGUCUCUCUGCAGCAGUCAGAGCCUGAAGUCUACAAGUGUGGGAAAGAGCCCAAAUAAAUUAGGAGAAAAGGAAGGAGAGUGUUGCUGAUCACAGCAGCUUUUCUUCCAAAAACCCACUAUCUGAGCCCCACUGCACAGAGGACCUCUGUUCUUCUGCUUUUAAAGUGAUAUUUUUACACUAUGAGCUCAUCGUACAGCACCCACCAUUACUUGUCGCCUGACAACUAAGUAAUGUGGCGUGCUGUCAGCCUGGAUUGCCUGAAGGUGAAGAUCAGGGAGGCCAAGGAGAAGUAGAAUCCAGCAGAACAACAUGAGAGUACUACUGUAUCUAGCCAACAGUUUUUACUGGGAACUAUUUUCUUCCAAAGCUCUGUACCUCUCCCUUGUUGUGGUCCUGUCGGAACUCUGCUCAGAAGGAUUUAUUGCUGAGAAUGAAACAUGCAUAGAUGAUAAUGAAUGUGCUGGUUUUGAGGAUAAUAUUGGGCCAUGUGGAGCGAAUGCGAUUUGCGUCAACACAAAAGGCAGCUUCUACUGCCACUGUGAUAAUGGCUUCAGAUCAUCAACAAACACUGUGAAUUUUACAGCUGAAACAUCUGCGACAUGUAAAGAUAUCAAUGAGUGUGUUGACAACAAAGACAAAAGCUUCUGUGGACCUAAUGCCAAAUGUUUUAACACAAUUCCACAUUAUUCCUGCAAUUGUGAUGAUGGAUUCAUUUCCACUACUGGAGUGGAAAAGUUUCGCAACGGUGAUAACGUUACAUGUAGAGAUGUUGAUGAAUGUCAGGAAGAAAAUGUUUGUGGUCAGAAUGCAACAUGCAUCAACACACCAGGCAGUUAUCACUGUGUCUGUGAUGCUGGCUUUGGACUGAAAUCUGGCAAAUCUAACUUCUCCGGGAAUCAGGAGCAAUGUGAAGACAUAUGUAAGCUUGAUCACACAGGUUUCACUAAAUAUGGCAACAAAGGGUCUUACUGCACUGCGUUAAAUUGUGGUGUUUUCAAAGAUAUGAAAAAUCUGAAAGAGAAAUUUCACGUUGCACAUGAUUUUGUGAUGCAGUUAAAAAAAAGCUGUCUGGAGCUUACAGAAAGUGAGGAUCCAACAGAGCUGGAUGGAGAGGACACACUAAAGAGACUGUUGUCUGUGAUCGACAAGCUCUUGUCCAGCGGAGCCUUCAAGGAUAACAGGAAGGUCUCCACCUUUCUGGACAUCGUGGAAAACACUCUGAGGCUCAUAGGACCUUUGAUUAAGUCCCCCAGGAUAAAGAGAGCCUCCACUCACACAGAGCUGGAGCUGCUGGUACAUAGGGGAGCUGACUUACCCCAGGGUGCUGUGAAUUUAUCAUCUAAGCAAGCUCAGCUGGACAUCCAGUUGGAGACAGCUGCUGGAGAUCCCUCCUAUUAUCCUGGCUUUACAGCACUGUCCUUCCUUAGUUAUGCAAACCUGGAAGACUCUGCAGAUGGCUUCUUUAGGGGAAUGAAACCACAAGUGGACCAAAGCUUUAAGAUCAACUCUAAAGUCGUGACUGUCACUGUCAGUAACAGAAACACAAGCCACCUCAAAGAGCCAGUCAAAUUAACUUUCUACCACCUGAAACAGUCAAAUGAAUCUAGUCACACCUGUGUGUUCUGGGAUUCCUCGGAGGAAGGGGGGACAUGGUCUGCUGGUGGCUGCAGUGUGGUGGAUUCCAACCCUGAAUACACUGUGUGUUCCUGCAACCAUCUGAGCAGCUUUGCUGUUCUCAUGGAGCUCUAUGAGAUGGAGCACACGUUUGAGUUGCAGCUGAUCACCUGGGUGGGUCUGUCCCUUUCACUAAUUUGCCUGUUCUUCUGCAUCCUGACCUUCUCGUUCAUUCACUCCAUCCAAAGCCCAAGAACCAGCAUCCACCUGCACCUCUGCAUCAGCCUCUUCAGUGCCAUCCUUAUCUUCCUUGUAGGGAUCUCUCAUACAGAGAACCGGGUUGGCUGUGCAGUGGUAGCAGGGCUGCUGCAUUUCUUCUACCUGGCAGCAUUUUGCUGGAUGUGUCUGGAAGGCAUACAACUCUUCAGGAUGGUGGUCCUGGUCUUUAACACCAAUUUCAAAACCCUCUACAUGAUGGCAGGUGGCUAUGGAGUCCCAGCUAUAAUUGUCACUAUCUCUGCUUUAGCUAAUGCCAAGGGAUAUGGCACUGAGAGACAUUGUUGGUUAAAAUUGGAAUUCAUUUGGAGUUUCUUUGGACCCGCCUGUGUCAUCCUCAUUAUAAACAUUGUCUUCUUUCUCAUAACGGUGUGGAAGUUGGCACAGAAGUUCUCAAGUUUAAACCCUGACCUGGACAAUCUGCAGAAAAUAAAGGCAUUCACCAUUACUGCAGUGGCUCAGCUGUGUGUGUUGGGCACCAUGUGGAUCUUUGGCUGUUUCCAGUUUGAGGAGGGCACAAUAGCCAUGUCUUACCUGUUCACCAUCUUUGGCAGCCUUCAGGGGGUUAUGCUCUUUGUCAUGCAUUGUCUGUUUUCUAAACAGGUGAGGGAAGAGUAUGGAAACAUCCUGUUCAGAUUCUGUGCACCUAAGAAGAAGAGCUACUCAGAGUUCAAUUCCUCGCACUCUAGCAGAGCUAAUGCAUCCAAGAGCACCCAGGACACAGGAGAGUCUCACAUCUGAGAACCUAGUGACGUGGUAGCCAAGUCUGAUUUAUUUAUUUAAGACUGCCAUCUCAGACAUACGGCCAACUACUGCCCUGCCAUUUGUAGCCAAUGCACCAGUUGUGUUUUACCAUAAAAAAGACCAUUCUGUCUUCAAAACCUGAAUGUUUUGAUAUUCAAGCAAAGCUUUUAAGAUGACCCAUGAUUAGUGUGCUUUACUUUCAUGCCAACACUGAUUUUAUUGGUGUAUUUAUCAAAUGGUAAAUAAUGUCACUUGUUUUGGAAAAAAAUGUUUAAAUUUUUUCAGAUGUGGAAAAAAAUGAUAGAUAAUAUUAUGAAGACCUGUUUUAUCAGGUACAUCUAAUAUGGCUUGUUGUGUCAUUCAGGAACUUUAUUCAACCAGUGAAGACAAUCUGAAAGAUAUUUCUGAGGCAAGCACUUUUUUCUGUUUAACUUGUUCACCAAAUUUAAAUUGAUUUUAUCUAAAUAUGACCAACAAAAAGGAGGAUGAUUAUGAGACAGAAAUGGAUUUUAAAUGUUUGUUUGUGUAUAUACAUAUUGCUGGGCAAUUCAGUAUUAUUACAGUAAGUGACUGCAUUCCUGCUCCAUUCAGCAUGCUGUAACAUGUUAAAUGUAUUAUUUUAAAAUAUUUGCAAGGAGUUUUUUUAUCUACCAAGUUCAGAUAAUAUAUGUUUCAAAACUUGAAUGUUCAAAGAUAACUUUUGUUAUUAUUGUCUAUUAGAAUAUUUGUACUGUCUAGGCACUGGUCUUAGCACAAGUUUAGACUUUUUGAUUGAUGUUUGGUCAAAAUAGUUAUCUUCUAUUCUGUAUUUCCAAUUUACAUCUUCUGUCUGUCACAGUGUGAGUUAUUUAAAAUUAUGUUUUAAUUGUUUUUUAAGUGUUUAAGUUUGAGUUUUCACGCCUCUCCUGGAAGCUUUAAAUUAAAUAAGCUUUAAAUUAAAUAAAUAUUCUGUUGUA